AUGAUUAAAUUAUUAUUUAUUAUUUUAUUAUUGAUUCACCUAAAUGUAAAUGAAAUAUUUGGAAAAUUUAAUAGAAAAAAAAUUUUAAUUAAUGGUAGAUCAUUGUAUGGUUUAAGGUAUUUAAAAAAUAAUAAUAAAAAUGAAUUUAAUAAUAAGAAAAUAACAAGAAAUAGUAUUGAAAAUUUAUUUGAUCAGAAGAUAAAUCAUUUUAAUUCAAAUGAUAAGAAUACUUUUAAGCAAAGAUUUUGGUAUAGUAAUAAAUGGUAUGUUGAUGGUGGACCAAUUUUUUUAAUGAUUGGUGAUUCAACAUCUGAUUCAAAUGAAUGGAUAGAAAAUGAAGAUUCAGAAUGGAUGAAAUUAGCUAAAGAAAAUCAUGCUAUGGUAUUUUUACUUGAACAUAGAUAUUAUGGUGCUAGUCUUCCUGUUAAAAAUAUGAGUACUGAUAAUAUGAUUCUACUAUCCUCCAGACAAGCUAUAGAAGAUGUUGGAUAUUUUAUUAAGUCAAUAAAUCAAAUUAAUAAUUAUUCUAAUAAUACAAAAUGGAUUGUUUUUGGUGGUAGUUAUUCAGGAGCUUUAGCUGCAUGGGCCAGACAAUUACAUCCAGAAUUAAUUUAUGGUGCUAUUUCAUCAUCAGGAACAAUACAAGCUGUAGUUGAUUUUUAUCAAUAUCUUGAUGUUGUAAAGAAUAGUUUAUCAUCUUACUCAUCUGAGUGUGCUAAUGAUUUAAAAAAAGGUCUUUAUGAAGUUAGAGAACUUCUUAAAACACCUUCAGGUCAAGAUAAAAUAACUAAACUUUUUAAUUUAUGUGAUAAAUGGUCAACAUUGUCAGAUGAUGAUAAAGGAUACUUUUGGCAAUCUAUUUUUAUUAAUUAUAUGGAAGUUGUUCAAUAUAAUUUAAAUAAUUUUGGAUCAUAUAGAGAUAGUUUAACAAUAAAAAAUUUAUGUUCAUAUCAUUUAGAUAAUUCUUCAACAUCUUUAGAACAUUUAGGAAAUGUAUACAAUUGGUUUGAACAACAAUUUGGAGAUUUUUGUACAGAAACAAGUUAUGAAAUGUAUAUAGAUUUUUUAAAAGAAAUAAAUUUUGGUGAAGAUUAUUCUGAUACUCGUGCCUGGGUUUGGCAAACUUGUACUGAAUUUGGAUUUUUUCAAAGUACUGAUAAUGAUGCUAAAAAUUUUUGGGGUAAUGUUAUAGAUAUAAAUUGGUAUGUCAAACAAUGUACUGAUAUUUUUGGUGAUAAACUAACUAAUUCAACAGUUUAUCUUGGUAUUCAUGGAACUAAUACUUUUUAUGGAGGUAUAAAUAAUUUUAAAGGUACAAGAGUAAUCUUAUUAAAUGGUUCCAUUGAUCCAUGGCAUGUACUUGGAAUAUUAAAAAAAACAAAUUCACAAAUUUAUCCUAUUUUAAUGAAUGGAACUGCUCAUUGUGCUGAUAUGUAUCCAGAAGCUGAUGAUGAUUUACCUUCAUUAAUUAAUGGUAGAAAACAAAUAAAAGAAAUACUAAAUAAUUGGUUACAAUAA